GAAGGGAAUGAGCUCCUGUUUUGAUUCUUGUGGUCACUUGAUUUUAUGUCUCUAAAUGUUUCAUGGUUCUAAACGUACCUUCGAAAUCAGUUGGUGUGAGAAAGCAUCUAGAAGUUUACGGUUUGCCACUGUCAUUAUGUAAUACGGAAACGCGUUUACUAAGGGUUCGUGUAAUUCGGGCGUUGGAUCUUAUGAAAAAGGAUAUAUUCGGAGCCAGCGACCCGUACUGCAAACUUUGUAUAUAUAAAACUCAGCGUUCAACUCUCCCCUUGUGUUCACCAGUACCAACAAAAACUGUUAAGAGAUCUCUCAACCCGAUUUGGAACGAAGAAUUUAUUUUCAGGGUUAAUCCAUCAGAAAACCGUUUGGUUUUUGAGCUUUACGACGAAAAUAGAAUUACGAGGGAUGAUUUUUUGGGUGUCGUCACUGUAUUUCUGCCGUAUCUGGAGAUUGGCACGGAGGGAUCUAAUUGUCGGUUGAUGGCAAAGAGCUUUCUACUGCGCCCUAGAAGUUCUCGAUCCCGUGUUCGUGGUAAUCUCCACUUGUAUUUGGCUUACUUACCAAGCCAUUUAAAUCCCCAGAUUACAAGUCUUCGUCAACUUCCUCCCCUUGUUGAAUUGUCAUCUGAACAACAACGUAAUAGUGAAGGUCAAUUAUCCUCAACACCUGUAUCUUCUUCACAUCGUCCCAGUUUACCAGCACAGUCAUCUAGUCCUGGUAUUGCUGAAUUAUCUAACACUAUAAACGAUGAUACUGAUAACCGUGUACAACUUAGUAGAAAUACUUCAAUAGAAUCAGAUACUGUAAGUGUUACUGAGACUGUUGUUGGACCAAUGCUUUCUACGUCACUUGAUGAAAAUUCACUUCCGCCAGGUUGGGAUGAACGAGUUGAUCAAAAUGGACGGACAUAUUAUAUGGAUCAUGUUAACAAGCGUACACAAUGGGAUAGACCUUCUUUUCAAUUACCACAUGGAUGGGAGCAACGAACUGAUGCAAAUGGUCGUGUUUAUUAUGUUGAUCAUCAAAAUCAUAGAACUACUUGGUAUCAUCCUUUAUCUGAGGGAUCUCGAUCGCAGACAUCACCUCAACACUCUACUGCUGCUAGUCCUGUUACAUUCAACGAUGCGAUCGAACCAUCAAGUGAGGAAGGAGAACUGGGGAUAGUUAAUGAUGAAGGUGAUGAGACAGAAAGUAAUUUUCACGUUGAAUUUGAUCCACCGAUUUGUCCAACUGAUGAAAAUCAAGAAAAUCAAUCACCUGAUGAACAAUCUGUAUUAAAUGAAAGAAUCACUAAUUCUAGGUCUCAAUUACCUACUGGCGUUGGCGUCAAUGGCAGUGGUGAUGGUAGAUCCGCACGUUCUAAUCCUCGUCAUACACGACGUAGUUUGACGAUAUCCGAGAGAUUACGUGCAAAAGGUAGUAGUGGUAUUACGUCGUCGGUGGCGGGGGUGGCAGCUCGUUCAAAUAAUAAUAUUCAAAACGGCAUCGAUGAUGUACGUGCUGCGCAGACAAUGUAUUUACGACGUAGGCAAGUUAGCUUUGAAGAUACUCUAUCUCAUCUUCCAGUCAGUUUGGAUACCCCUCUGCCAAAUGAUUCAAAUUGUCAAUUAAUUCCACCGAGUUCAUCAAAUUCUGACACAAAUACCAUUCAAUUAACAGAUCCAUCUAGUUCAGCAAUUACAAUAACAAAUCCUACCUCACGAAUAGAAUCUUCACCUAAUGAACAAGGUACAGAUCAUGUAGAUAAAAAUCGUCGAAUUGGUGAAAUUGUUUUAGGCUUAGAUAUUGCUCCAGGUGAAGAACCACUUCCAGAAGGUUGGGAAUUAGCUAGAACUGCAAGUGGUCGAAAAUUUUUCAUUAAUCAUAAUGAACAUACUACUACUUGGGAUGAUCCUAGGGUUAUCCGACCAAAUAAUCAAAUAACAAAUGGUUCUUUAUUAACACAUGAAGCACAACGACAUGUAAUGAAAGAUUUAGGCCCAUUACCGCCUGGUUGGGAAGAACGUGUACAUAGUAAUGGUCGUAUUUUCUACAUUAAUCAUAAUGCUCGGACUACUCAGUGGGAAGAUCCUCGUCUAGAACGUUUAGGCGGUCCAGCUGUUCCUUAUUCAAGAAAUUAUAAACAAAAAUAUGAUUAUUUCCGAUCAAGGUUACGAGCUCCACGUGAUCCACAAGCUAAAUUUGAAUUACGUGUUACACGAGCUGGUAUAUUCGAAGAUUCAUUCCGUCUAAUUUAUGGAAUAAAAAGACCAGAAGUGUUAAUGCAUCGAUUAUGGAUUGAAUUUAUUGGUGAAAAAGGUUUAGAUUAUGGUGGUGUACAACGUGAAUGGUUCUUUUUAUUAUCACGUGAAAUGUUCAAUCCUUAUUAUGGUCUAUUCGAAUAUUCAGCCGCUGAUAAUUAUACACUUCAAAUUAAUCCACUAUCUGGUAUGGCUAAUGAAGAACAUUUAAAAUAUUUUAAAUUUAUUGGUCGUGUUGUUGGUAUGGCUGUAUAUCAUGGUAAAUUAGUUGAUGGAUUUUUUAUUAGACCAUUUUAUAAAAUGAUGCUUGGUAAAACAAUUUCAUUAAAAGAUAUGGAAGCUGUUGAUUCAGAAUAUUAUCGUAGUUUAAAAUAUAUAUUAAAAGAAGAUCCUAUAUCAUUAGAUUUAACAAUGUCUGUUGAAGAAGAACAUUUUGGUGAAACAGUUGAAGUUGAUUUAAUUAAAGAUGGUAGAAAUAUACGUGUUACUAAUAGUAAUAAAACACAAUAUAUAGAACGAAUAAUAAAUUGGCGAUUUGUUUCACGUGUUGAAAAACAAAUGUGUGCCUUUUUAGAAGGUUUUAGUGAUUUAAUUCCAUUAGAAGCAUUACAAAUAUUUGAUGCAAAUGAAUUAGAAUUAUUAAUGUGUGGAUUACAAGAUAUUAGUGUAACAGAUUGGAAAGCGAACACUUUAUAUAAGGGUGAAUAUCAUGCUAAUCAUCCAGUCAUUGUAAAUUUAUGGAAGGCUAUAUACACAUUUACAAAUGAAUUAAGGAGUCGUUUACUACAAUUCGUCACUGGGACAUCACGUGUACCUAUGAAUGGUUUUUCAGAAUUAUGGGGUUCAAGUGGACCACAGAAGUUCACUGUUGAAUGUUGGGGUUCUGUGGAUCAGCUGCCUCGUGCUCAUACUUGUUUUAAUCGUUUAGACUUACCCGCCUAUCCAACAUUUGAAGAGUUACGUUGUAAAUUAAUUAUUGCUAUUGAAAAUGCUGAAGGAUUUGAAGGUGUCGAUUGAAUGAAGGUUCUUAUCUUUCUACAUAUACUAUUAUUAUUAUUAUUUAAUAAACUUCAUUUCUUUACUGUUAUUUCUUUUGGUUAUUGUAAAUUCUACAUAACAUAAUGCACAUAAUAAACCAUGUAGCAUUUCUACUUGGAUAAUGCUGUAAUUCACAAACUUUCGAAUACCUACAUUACAUAUAUUUAGACAUCUUUUUUUCGGGGGGUGGGAACUACCACUUGGACAUCGACAUAUAUAUAUAUAUAUAUAUAUAUAUAUAUAUAUAUAUAUGUUUAUUUCUCCCCCCCCAAGUCAAAUAGAAUACUCCCUAUCAUUAAUGGUAAUGAAAUCAUGAAAAAAACAAACUUCAUUGUAUUCACUAUUCAACAAACAAAGUGAAUAAGACAAAAUAUUCAACUCUUCUGAAUAUCAUUGUUGUUUCUAUACACACAAAAAAAAUUAUGUAAUAUUAGUAAUUGCAUAAUUUAUUUCAAUGGGAUUUAUUGUAUUUUAAAUCAUAUUCACUUUAAUGAUAUUUAGUUAAUAAUUAACUAAUAGUUCUUUAUUGUAUGUGUGUGUGUGUCUGUAUGUACACUUACUUACAUCUGUUACCGGAGUUCUCCAUCGAACUCCUAUUCUGCAUAAACUUUUGUAAAAUUAUUCUUUAAUCUUUUCAUUUGUUUUCUUUCAUUAAACCGAUUGACCCUGUGUUGUUGUUGCUGGCGGGGGUGGUUCAUGUUGUCAUUGUAUAUUUCAAUUGCACUGUUGUUAUAUAUAUAUAUAUAUAUAUAUUUUUUUUCUAGUUAUUAUAUCACUUCAACUUCCGCGAUACGCUUUAAUCAUUUAUUCCCCAUAUUGUUCUCUUCAUGAGAAUGAAAGAAUAUUAGAUUAUGUAAAAUAAUAAUCAAUGUAUAUUGUUGGGUUUGUUUGUUCGCUUGUUUUUUUCUCAUAGUGAAAAUCGAAUAAUCAAUAUCGCACUAUAGUUAUGUGUUGUUGUUUUCCAAUAUUUAUUUCGCUUCCCCUCUUGUUUACUGUCCCGUUUGGUCUCCGCCCCACCCUGGACAUAACAUACUAAUCCUUUUUCUUAAAAUCUUCAUUAUUUACAUUGUUUUGACUGAAGCAGACAAGAUCAUCUCUUUCUUGAUUUGAGGCCAAUAAUUCCUUUUUAUACAUGUAUACACUCAUGUAUAUCACGAAGAGUAUUAUUAUUAUUAUUAUUACUA